ACGGUAUCUGGCAACGCCCGCCUCCCUCGAUUUUCGCUUUGCACGCGCAUUCGUGAAAAUGGCGGCGUUCUGGCACCGUCGCUGCCAAAUUUUUUGUACAUCAAAAUAAUCAAAAUAAAGCAUUCUUCCAGUGCUCAACAAUCAGUCCGUGCGAGCACGCGGGUGUGUGUGUGUGCGCAGGAAAAGCCGCCGAUCGGGAAAAGUGUAGAAAAGGGAUAGCGAAGCAAACAAAAGGCAGAGAAUUAGCGAGAUAACACACACGCGACAACGACUGCAACGGAUGCGCCAGGAGAAAGGCGACGACAGUGACGGCGAAGGCGAGUGCGAGUGAGCCAGCGCAGCACCAAGUCAGCGGAGCACCCGCUUUUUUGGCCAAGUUCGCUUCUGGAGCGCACAGCAUGCAACAACUCCGCCAACACCAACACAGGAUGUGCGCAACUAGUUGAUCGGAACAGGAUCGCUCGCCCACACCACCACACAGAAGUCAGAGGAAGAACACACUCGCCAAAAACAUAAACACCACACAGCACGAUGAACACCAGCCAGACAGCUGCCGGCAAUCGCAUCACCUUCACCAGCCAGCCGCUGCCCAAUGGCACAAUCAACAUAGCCGGCAAUCCCGGCGCGGUCAUCUCCACGGCCCAGCUGCCGAAUACCACCACCAUCAAGACGAUCCAGGCGGGGAUCGGUGGUCAACAUCAGGGACUUCAGCAAGUGCAUCAUGUCCAACAGCAGCAGCAGUCGCAACAGCAGACGCAAUCCGUAGGUGCCACCCAAACACAAACCCUAGUUAUUAAAUCCAACCACCAUGCUGUCACCCUGCCGGCGGGUCUAGUCUCAAGUGCACCAGCAGGAAUCGUAACCAUGACCAAGACCAUCAAUCAGGCCGGUCAGCCCCUGCUCAACUCAAUGUUGCCGGCAGGCGUGGUGGUGGGCAUGCGCCACCAGGCGCCGUCGCAGCAGCAGCAGAAGAAUGUGCCCACCAACCCGAUUAGCCGUGUGAUGAUCAACUCCCACAUGGCGGGCGUUAGACCACAGAGUCCAUCGAUAACUUUAAGCACACUUAAUACGGGUCAGACCCCGGCAUUGCUGGUCAAGACGGAUAACGGAUUCCAGCUGUUGCGCGUGGGCACGACGACGGGUCCGCCGACGGUGACACAGACUAUAACCAACACCAGCAAUAACAACAACACGACAAGCACCACAAACCAUCCCACAACCACACAGAUCCGUCUGCAAACUGUGCCGGCUGCAGCUGUAAGUAGAUACCAACAACAACAACAACAUCAGCAGCAACAACAGCAGCAAUCGCAACAGCAGCAACAAGCAACCAGCACUACCGCCAGCACUAGUAUUGCACUGCGCAAAACGAUUGUCCGUACUUCAUCCACAGUCCCAUCCAGCAAUAAUAAUAAUAAUAGUAUCAAUGCCACCACCACCACCAACACCACCACUACCAACAACAACAACAAAUCCGCUACUAACCACCAACAGCAGCAACAGAAGCUCCAACAGCAGCAACAUCUGAAGGCCCAGCAGCAACAGAAACAGCAACAGGCAUCCGCUGCCGCUGCUGCUGCAGCAGCUGCCGCCAAUGUGGCAGCCACCAUAAAGAUCAAGCAAAACUCUAUGACCAACACGACCGCUACCAGUAACAUUAUUGUCAAUUCGGUGGCCAGCAGUGGAUAUGCAAACUCAUCGCAGCCGCCGCACCUGACGCAAUUAAAUGCGCAGGCGCCACAACUGCCGCAGAUUACGCAGAUCCAAACAAUACCGGCCCAGCAGUCUCAGCAGCAGGUGAACAAUGUAAGCUCCGCGGGAGGAACGGCAACGGCGGUCAGCAGUACGACGGCAGCGACGACGACGCAGCAGGGCAAUACCAAAGAAAAGUGUCGCAAGUUUCUAGCCAAUUUAAUCGAAUUGUCGACACGGGAACCGAAGCCGGUGGAGAAGAAUGUGCGCACCCUCAUCCAGGAGCUGGUCAACGCGAAUGUCGAGCCAGAGGAGUUUUGUGACCGCCUGGAGCGCUUGCUCAACGCCAGCCCGCAGCCGUGUUUGAUUGGAUUCCUUAAGAAGAGUUUGCCUCUGCUUCGACAAGCGCUUUACACAAAGGAGCUGGUUAUCGAAGGCAUUAAACCUCCACCGCAGCACGUUCUCGGCCUGGCCGGACUAUCUCAACAGUUGCCUAAAAUCCAAGCGCAAAUCCGUCCGAUCGGUCCUAGCCAGACAACGACCAUUGGACAGACGCAGGUGCGUAUGAUAACGCCGAACGCCUUGGGCACGCCGCGACCUACCAUUGGCCACACCACGAUAUCGAAGCAGCCGCCAAACAUUCGAUUGCCCACGGCCCCGCGUCUUGUCAAUACAGGAGGAAUUCGCACGCAGAUACCCUCGUUGCAGGUGCCUGGUCAGGCGAAUAUUGUGCAAAUACGUGGACCGCAGCAUGCGCAGCUGCAGCGCACGGGAUCGGUCCAGAUCCGGGCCACAACUCGUCCUCCAAACAGUGUGCCCACAGCGAACAAACUCACUGCCGUCAAGGUGGGACAGACGCAAAUCAAAGCGAUUACGCCCAGCCUGCAUCCACCGUCGCUGGCGGCCAUCUCUGGGGGACCACCGCCGACGCCCACGCUAUCUGUUUUGUCUACGUUGAACUCCGCCUCGACCACAUCGCUGCCGAUACCGUCGCUACCCACGGUCCACCUUCCUCCCGAAGCUCUUCGAGCCCGUGAGCAGAUGCAAAAUUCACUGAACCACAACAACAAUCACUUCGAAGCUAAACUGGUGGAGAUCAAGGCGCCCUCCCUGCAUCCGCCGCACAUGGAGCGGAUCAACGCAUCGCUCACACCAAUUGGAGCCAAGACGAUGGCAAGGCCGCAGCCCCCGAUCAGCAAGGCGAUAGGGAAAAAGAAACGCGAUGCCAUGGAAAUGGACGCUAAAUUGAACACAUCGAGCGGAGCAGCGGCGUCAGCUGCCAACUCGUUUUUCCAGCAGAGCUCCAUGUCCUCUAUGUACGGUGACGAUGAUAUCAACGAUGUGGCCGCCAUGGGCGGUGUUAACUUGGCGGAGGAGUCGCAGCGGAUUCUCGGCUGCACGGAAAACAUCGGCACGCAGAUUCGUUCCUGCAAAGAUGAGGUAUUUCUCAAUCUGCCCUCCCUGCAAGCCAGAAUACGGGCAAUUACUUCGGAGGCGGGACUGGAUGAGCCGUCGCAGGAUGUGGCCGUUCUGAUAUCGCAUGCUUGUCAGGAGCGACUGAAGAACAUCGUUGAGAAGUUGGCUGUGAUAGCGGAGCACCGCAUUGAUGUCAUCAAGUUGGAUUCACGCUACGAGCCCGCCAAGGAUGUACGCGGUCAGAUCAAGUUCCUUGAGGAGCUGGACAAGGCCGAGCAGAAGCGACACGAGGAACUGGAGCGUGAGAUGCUGCUGCGGGCUGCCAAGUCCCGCUCGAGGGUAGAGGAUCCCGAACAGGCCAAGAUGAAGGCGAGGGCCAAGGAGAUGCAACGCGCCGAAAUGGAGGAGUUGCGUCAACGAGAUGCCAAUCUGACGGCGCUGCAGGCGAUUGGACCUCGGAAAAAGCUGAAGCUGGACGGCGAAACAGUCAGUUCGGGAGCGGGUUCAAGUGGCGGCGGAGUGCUAAGCAGCUCGGCAUCUGCGCCGACGACGUUACGGCCUCGUAUAAAACGUGUGAACCUGCGCGACAUGCUCUUCUACAUGGAGCAAGAGCGGGAGUUCUGUCGCAGUUCCAUGUUGUUCAAGACAUACCUCAAGUGAUCGCUGCUGUUGCCCAUCAAUCGCACCGUCUUCUCCUCGCUGAUCCUCCUACUCCGUGGACUGACGUCGUUGUUGUGUAUUCAGCUUUACGAUUUCAUCCAUUUGCAAUAUAAUUUAACCUCAAAUUUAUCUGCGUCGCGUCUCCCCUGUUGUUGUUUCUUUUUAGUUAGGCGGCUUUAUUUAAUUUCUAUUUUUACUCUAUUCACAUAAAUUUCUAAAUUCUUAAUCGUAUUUGAUUUUAAGCCUAAUUUAAAGCUCGUUUAUUUCCCCAAUAAAUUGUCUGUAAAACUUAAACCAAACCAAUCCAAAAACAAAACAAAACCAGAGUAACGUAAAUAAACGAAGAGAAUAAAAUAAUAGAGAGGAAAGUAAGAGAAAAGAGAACGCGCAGUCAGCGGGCGUUUGAUUUGUAAUUUGUAACAUAAUAAUGUUUGCAUCAACUGCAUUGACGGCCUUAUCUAAACGAUAUAAACAUAAUUAUUAAUAUUUAAUUAUUUAGCUUAGUUUGUUAAACGAAAACGAAGCAUAAUUCCUAGAUAUUAAGUAAAAAGAAAGCGCGCGCGCGAAGAUAAAUCGAAACCGAAUUACAGAUAAAUGGUUUUUAAAACCACAAAAUCGAAACAAGUUCAGCAACAGCAAAACAAAACAACACAUCAAAAACAGAACCGCAAAAAAUAUCAAUUUAAACUUACAUUGAAUUAGUUCUAGUUGUUUAAAAAAGAUGUAAUUUUUAAUUACCUAUAUUGUAUAAACGGAAAUCAAUCGUUAGGCAAGACCACUACAAACCCAACAAAUUGUAAAUACAUGCUAGGCUACGAUUUUUCUAAUAGAUAACUAGGUAAAAACGCAAACGUAAUUAACAAAUUAUCGAUGGCUAGGAACGAUGUGAGCGCAGACACCUUGGCACACCGAGAUACAAUAUGUUUUUAUUAGUGGCGCUCGUUUAUCCAUCAAGAAACACGGUUCAUUAGGCUUCAUAGAUCCGGAACUCCCCUAAUGCAAUGAGCUGCACACAAAAUAGACAAAUUUUUAUACAAUUAGCCCGAAAAAUCUUGUAAAAUAAAAUCCCAUAAAAAAUUAUAACAAAUAAAUUGACAACAAUUGAUGUAAUUCAGUAAAACUAAGCAAAAAAUUGAACCAUUCUAAACAAAAUUCUUUGUGUGUAUAAACAUAUGAUAAACAAAAAGCAGACGCAACCGUAAACAGCGCAUAGUUUG